UAUCGAUAAGCAUCGAUUUUAUCGCUAAAAUCGCCCAGCACUAAGUUGUUUUUUUUCAUAUGGUUUUUUGAGGUGAUUUUUUCUUGGUUUUUAGGCGUUUUUUGGCGCAUUUAAUUUAUUAUAAAGUCAUCCUGACGAAGUGGUGUGCCACCCGGAUGCCCUGGAAAAAAACUCCUGUCAAAAUACUGUGUUUUUUGAGCAAACAACUAUCAAUUGCAGGAUCUAUCCCUCUUAACAUAUCUUUCACUGAAAGAUUACGGGAAGUAAAUUCCUAAAAUAUAAGCGGAGUCCACUCCUAACGAACUGCAGGGCUAGACCCUCAUAUAUAGCGGGCUUAGCCCUAAAAAUCUAUUCUUUCAACCUCUAGUAUACCAGUUCAUUCUGUAUUGAAAGAGGAUAUCGUCUGUAUCCUCUGACUUCCUUCAUACAAUAUAUUAAUAAAUGGAUCAGCUCUCUGAGCAACCUGCGAUACCGACAACAUCAUCUGUAGUUUAGUAUAAGAGCUGAAGCCAAGCUUAAUAUGGCUACUAGGGGGUGGAUUUUGAGCCAUCCAGCCAUGUUACUGGCUUCAGGGAUGGAAAGCUGUCCGCGCAAUAAGUUACUAGUUGCAACUAGAGAUUGAUUAAAGCUUUAAGAUUAAAGUUGUCCACUCUUUGCUAGAGUUACCAUUUUAAAAUUGAUUUAACAAUGUUGAUUAAUGAACUUCCUGAUGAUUGUUUGCUGGCUAUUUUUGAUUACAUACAUAUAUUAGAAGAUUUAAUAAACUGCUUCGAAGUUUGCGAAAAAUGGCGUAAUUUAAUUGUUGGUCGGACGAAAAGAGUCAAAUACGUGUCUGUCGCAUGGCAUUGUUCAUCUGAUUCUGUUUUCAAUCGCGUAAAUCGACCUUUUGAUGUAACAUGUUUGAGCAAAUUGUUUCCAAAUUUAAGGAUUUUCGACUUUACAAACUCAUUUUACUUACUCAGUAAAGUACCAAUUGAAGAUAUCACUAAACUAAUCAGAGACUCAGAAUCUUUGAAAGGAAUAAUAUGGGAUAAAAAUUUGGAGUUCAAAAUACCGCAAAACUCUAACCUCGAAAUGUUAUCUACCGGAUUUAUUAAUCCGAACAUAAAUUCAAUCUAUGAAACGGUGAAACAAUUGAACCUUUGUAACUUUACUCUAAGAGAAUUCAAAGAAGUGGCCCAUUGUUUUCCAAAUCUUGAAAGGCUGAACAUUAAAAGUUCAGAAGACACAACAGAUUUCUCUGAUGGUCAAGUAUUGGAAAAUCUUAAAAUAGUUGAAUUAGCUGAUAGCAAUGACACCAGCUGUUCAUUUGACUUCAUGGAUUCAUGCCCAGCAUUACAAAGUGCUUAUAUCGAAGUAAAUUUCGUUCGCUUUACCUGCUUUUAUGCAAAAAAGCAUGUAAAUUUACAAGAUUUGGUCUUAGAAUUUCGUGUACCAAACAAAUGGAAGGAUCUAUCCAUAUGCAUUUCGAAAUAUCCAAAUCUAAAGCAUUUGGCAAUACGAAAUGCCUAUUUAAGGGAUGAAGACAUCAAGCAAUUAAUAUUAAUUUUGCCAAAACUAGCACUACUCGAUGUUCGUGCAACUCGCGGAGUCACUCAAGAAGCUGCUGAUCAUGUUCAGGAUUAUUGUAAACAGAAUGGCCGAUCAAUCAAGUUUUAUUUCAAAGCAGAUGACAAACAAAUUGAAUCUGAUUGGCCGCAGAUAUUGAAUCGAUUAGAUAAAGUUUGUCGUGGAUUUGAUUUCAUGGAACAUUGUUUUUUCAGAGAUUUUGAUUUCUUGCCUCAUUUGUUGGACCCGAUAGAUGAUUAAAAAUGCAAAUAAUCCAAUAACAUGAUCUUUUGAAAUGUCAAUCCUUUGCACUUAAUUUUCGUUUUAGCUCCGAGGUGUACGAUAUUGAAAGAAAAGUUGCUAUCUUCAGAAAAUUCACCAUCUUUGCUAACUUUUCACCCCGAUAUUCCGAGCACCCAAAAAAAGUUCUUUAAUCUUGGUGUUAUUGUAAAAACGCACUUUAAAUCUUACAAUUCCAAUAUAAAAUUUUAUUGGGUCUUAUUUAAAAUCA